AUGGAGUCAUUCAAAGAAAAUAUAGCGCGGGUUAAGGAAAAUCUAAUGGAGCUUGAGAAUUUGUUUAAGGAGGGUAAAGAUCGAAAUGAUGCUAAAGUAAAAGACAUGGAAGACAAGAUCCGCAUUGCUUUCAAUGUCCCGAGGGAAAGCUGGAUGAACACCGGUCAAACUCUGAAGGAUGUCAUAGAAAUCUUGCAUAAACAGCUGGACAUUGUACAGAGUUCAACACUCUCAUCCGAGAUGAUUUCAGAUAAGGAUGUUCUGAAGAAUGCAUCUGGGGGUCUGGCUUUGGAAGGGGUUUACAAAACCAGGAAUCCUGAAGACUUCCUGGUGAAAAGAGAUCAGCUCAUUGAGAUUCCAGAUUCAUUUUCACUUACCGGCCCAAAGCAAAAUACCAGGGCCCUCUACACUUCGGUGGAGUUUUCUGGUGGAGAGCUUCUGCCUCAGGCUUCAGAAGUAAAGAUCUGUCGGAGGGCUCAGGCCUACCUGUUGCAGACAGCUUUGACUGUUUCCACUGACAAAGACAUCACGAUUUCACCCAAAGAAAAGGGAGAAAGAUUGCAGCUCAUACAAACACAACUGAAGAACAAUCUUUCAACUCACAUUGAAUCAGUGAUUGAGAAAAGCCAUGAUGAUUGGGAGUCCCUGGAGAGGGCAUUACAUUCCAUCAUUACCGGCACCCAGAUGAGUGAUGGAAGUGCAACAGUCGAGGUGGCUGUCUCUCAGUUGGAAAAUAUACUAGUGAAGCAAGUGGCACCUUUAACUGAGGUUCAGACAACCGAUGAGCAGAAUACACCAGUGAAUAACAAAAGUGAAAAAACUAGAAGCUUUAUGGAUUUGCUUCUGAAGUUGGGCCUCCAAGACUCCUACCCCAAAAAGAUGAUAAAAUCUAAUGUUCUUCUCAUAGACAAAUUAUCUCUGAGUAUAAAAGAGCCCAAAACAGAGAAAGACUUGAGCUCCCUUUAUCUCUACAAACUCAUGACAUUGGACUACAGAGCCAGGUAUCUGUUUGUAAAACCUGAGGCAACUAACAUGGAUUUUGGGGAGGAUGGUGCAAAUGCUGAAGAUGAUGAUGAUGAUGAUGACUUCUUUGAUUUUGUUGAUAAAUCAGACACGGUGGUGAGAGUCAAACUGGCACAAAUUCACCCAAUGGAUGUGCACAUGGCCAUUUUCCACUGCUCCAAUGAUUUCCUGCGACAGUACGUUUUUACGAAACUCUCUGCUUGUCAGUUUAGCCUACCCUUCUUGGUACCUAACCCCUGUACAGAUGAAGUGGAAUUCCCUCUCUGGGCACUCCGACACAUCAGGAAAUCAUGGCAUAGCAAAAAACAAACUGCAUCUAGUGGCUGUGGGAAGUACUACAACAGACAAAUGUUCAACACACCAGUGCCAAUUGUUUCCUUCAUUAGAUUGGGAGUUUCUGAUUCCAACUCCAAGUCCCAGAUAUUGGAUGGUGUCAUUAGCGAACAGAAGCACAGUGUGUUCUUCCACCGUCAUUGCAAAGGCAGCACUCCAGACAGCCUGCUCAUGAAUGGAGUUGUGGAGAUUGCAUGGUACUGUCCUGGAGGAAAGGAAGACGACGUAUUUGAUGACUGUGUGGCCUUUCUGAACCUUCAUGGUGAUGCAGCAGAACACCCAAAACAACUCGAGUUUCUUCAGGCAGUGAGUACAGUCAAUGUGCUUCUACUUUCAGAGCACCCUCUGAGUGAAACCGCCAAAGAGGUCUCCCAGAAACUGUCCAAGUCCUCUGUCCCCUUGAUCUGCUUGUUCUCAGGUAAGGAUAAUAUUCAUCCGUCAAAAAAACCCACAAAGGUGAGGCUAGCUGCAAAGAACAGGAAUCAGGCUAAAUUUACAGAGGAACUGAUUUCAAGCAUCAAACAGUGCAUCAGUAAAUAUAAACAGACUGCAACAAUUGAAAGGUGCUGUGAAGAGGCAAGGAAACUGCAGUUCAUAGUCGACGAGGAUAAGCCAUCAUGCAAGGAUGGGUACGAAAAGGCCCAGACAUUAAUGUGCCUUCUGAAAGAUGUGAAGGAUGUAUCCACCCUGAAGGAGAGGAUUUUACCACUGCAAGGUAAACUGUGGCAUGACUGGUGCAACAAGAACAAAGAGCAGUAUCGACUGCAAGUCAGAGAAAAGGAAAGUAUCGAACAGCAGCAGAGUAAAAUCUCAGCUCAGAUGACCAAGAUCCGUAAGGAACAACUUCGUGAAGCCACUCCUCUCAAUGACUUCAUGAGAUCAUUCCUGGAAUGCUUGACAACGCCUGCUCAGUUUGAAGGCACACGUCUGUACAUGCUGCAGUGGCUUAGGAUCCUCCUAGAUGAUCUCACCACUGAUGAGCUUGUAUUGCUUGAAGAGGACUAUAACUCAACUUGGAGAAAAAUGAAAAAUGUAUCCAAAGAUAAAGAAAAAGCAUCUCUUGUACAAUCUCUGCAAACCAAGCUGGACAGAAUAACAGACAAAAUGGCCGCUACUACAGUUGGACUUCAGCAUAUUAUGAGAGAGGUCAGUCAACUCUAUGAGGCCAUUCAGAUGUGCACACAAGCUAAGAAAAAUACUAAACAAUAUGCCACACUGCCAAAAAUAGGGGUGACAAUGCUGCUCUCUGGGUAUCCACUAGAAAUAAUGGAUGGGGAUGCUGCCCAUGUGCCUUUAACAUGGAUUAACGCUGUCCUGGAUGAGCUCAUCAAAACCCUUGGAGACAAAAAGGUGUUUGUUCUGUCCAUUUUGGGGCUUCAAAGCUCUGGGAAAUCCACACUGCUGAACACCAUGUUCGGUCUUCAGUUUGCUGUGAGCGCUGGAAGAUGUACACGCGGAGCCUUUAUGCAGCUAGUAGAAGUGGACUCCAGCAUUAGAAAUGACCUCGGAUAUGACUUUGUCCUCAUUGUGGACACAGAGGGACUCAGAUCUCCAGAACUCAGUACAAAGAUAUCGCUGAGCCAUGACAACGAGCUUGCCACUUUCAUCAUCGGACUUGGCGACGCAACAGUCAUCAAUAUCAUGGGGGAGAACCCUUCUGAGAUGCACGACAUUCUUCAGAUUUGUGUGCAGGCCUUCUUGCGAAUGAAACAAGUUAAAAUCACACCUAGUUGCAUUUUUGUGCACCAGAAUGUUGCGGAAGGAUCAGCUGGAGAUAAAAACAUUGAGGGGAGGAGACGUCUCCUGGAGAGACUGGAUGAAAUGGCUCAACUGGCAGCAAAAGAGGAGAAUGUUGAUGGUGUCACUUGCUUCAGUGAUGUCAUACACUUUGACAUUGAAACACAAGUUUUUUACUUCAAAAAUCUUCUACAGGGAGACCCUCCCAUGGCCCCACCUAAUCCCUCAUAUAGCCAGAAUGUUCAAGAACUGAAGAUCAAGCUCCUAACAGCUGCAUCAUGGCAGGAGAAAUGUAAAUUUUCCUCACUGUCAGAAUUCAAAUAUAGAGUUUCUGACCUUUGGACUGCACUACUGCAAGAGAACUUUGUGUUCAGCUUCAAAAACACAGUUGAAAUGAUGGUGUACAGCUCUUUGGAAAGUAAGUAUGGAGAUUGGUCAUGGCACCUGAGGAAAUUUUCCCUGAGCCUUCUGACAAAACUGGAGAAUCAGAUCGCUAGCAACUUAAUUCAGAAUGUGACUUUUGCAGAUCUGAUGAAAAAGUAUGACAAAGUCUAUGAACCUCUCAAGACUGAGAUAGAGAAGUAUUUCAAAGAAGACAAAAACAAAGAGACCCUCAUAAAGUGGAAGACAAAUAUUGACAAGCGUUUUGAAAGCCUGAAGAGUGAGCUCAUUGAUGGGACUCUGAAAAAAUGUAAGGAAUUACUCACCUCCAAGCAAAACAGGUCAGAGCUGGACAAGAGGAAAACCCAAUACACAAAUGAGCUGACACAGCAGAGCAAACGCCUAGCAUCUAAACUUAAAACACAGCAACUGACAGAUAAGCAGGUGACGAAGAAGUUUGAUGAUCUCUGGAGUAACUGGACAGCUGAGGUGUUGAAAUCACAACCCCCUGAGGAGCCACUGAAUGUGAAAGCUGUAGUGGAAUCAGUCCUCCUAAGCCAGUUCCAGGUUCUGAAGGCAGCAAAUGAGAAACUCAGUCAGCAGAUAGCAGAUGAGUUGAAGCUCAACAACCAAGCUCUCAGUGGCAACCGAUCAAAUCUUGAAAAUCAUAUACUAAAACAUCUGGCAACUCAGGAGGACUUCAGCAUGUAUGAGGAGUAUAUUGAUUACCCAAAGAGAUACUUUGAAAGAUUUAUCCAGGAAAAGGUAGAUGAAUUUUGUUGUGAUACCAAAAAACUGGGCACAAUCCAUCAGGAGAGCCUGGAGACCAUGAAAAAUCAGUUAUUAACAGCAAGCACAGAUGUAACUACAGAAGUGGAUGAAAAGGCAGGCAAUGCAAGCAUGUGGCUUGACUUGUUCUGUAGAAAUGUGGGGCAUCUCAUUACAAUAAUGAGAAAUGAAUUGCAUUGCAUUGAAAAUGAAGACAUCAAAGACUGGCAGUUCUUUAAAGAAAUGAUGGCCAAAUCCCUGGAAGAGAUGGUUAAGGACGAAAAGAUGGAUGUGGAGGCAUUGAGAGAGAAACCUACCAAAAUUCUUUUUCAGCAGGUCGAGGGAUGUUGGGCCCAGUGUCCUUUCUGCAAAGCCAUCUGCACAAACACCAUCCCCAACCAUGAUAAAAGACACAGCGUUAGGUUUCAUCGCUGUGAGGCUCUGGCUGGCUACCAUUAUCAUAACACAGACCAUUUUUCUGUAGAUUUUUGUACCACAUCAGUUAACAGUGAUGCAAAAUUCUUUGCUCGUAAGAAGGAUAAAUGGAUCCCCUUCAAGACAUACAGGGAUGCUGGAGACCCAUACGAUACAUGGAGCAUUACUGCAGAUGGCAGUGAGCAGCGCUACUGGAAAUGGUUCAUCUGUAAGUUUCAGUCAGAAUGGGAGCAAAAGUAUGGAUAUAAAUUCAAAGACCGUGGAAAUAUCCCGGAUGAAUGGAACAGUUUCACAAGAGAAUCUGCUUUGGAAGAGUUGCAAUAA